AUGGACUUCCCAAAACCAGAACACUUGAAUCUUGACGGCAAUCUGAAAGAGAAUUGGAAAAGAUUCAAAUCACAUUUCGAGAUUUAUUCGACUGCAACAAAAACUGAUGGUGAGGAUGAAAAAAUACAAGUGGCAAGAUUUCUGAGCUGUGCGGGCACAGAAGCUAUAGAACUCUUUCAUACCUUUGAGCUUAGUAGUGACGAGCAAAAGAAAAUUGAAAAAGUUAAAGCUAAGUUUGAGGAAUACUGUAAUCCGCGAACGAAUGUGGUAUAUGAAAGGUACCGAUUUUACAUGAGAAAUCAAAAGGAAGGUGAACCUUUUGACCAUUUCUUGAAAGAGAUAUCAACUCUGGUAGAAAGCUGUAGCUUUGGAGAUGAAAAGAAGUCCAUGCUGAGGGACAGAAUCGUCAUUGGAAUAGCAGACCAUAGCAUUCAAGCACAACUUUUGAAAACGAGUGAGUUGACCUUAGAAAAGGCAGUGGACACGUGUCGAGUGGCGGAGAUGACAGGAGUGCAAAGCAAAAUCAUGCAAGGAGAGGCAGUAUCAGGGAGAACAGCAUCCGCAGUGGAUGCAAUUGGAAAAGAAGGGGGAAGUAGAAACAAGGCAGAAUACCAUCCUAAAAGUAGUAAAAAUAGUGUUCCUUCUAAUUUCAGAUGUAAAGAGAAUGCACAGCAGUUAGAGAAAUGGGGCGAGGGAAGGGGACAGUUCAGCAAAAUCAAAUGCACAUUUUGUAGCUACACACAUUUGAAGGGCAAGUGCCCAGCGUAUGGAAAAAAAUGUGCCGCGUGUGGAAAAGUUAAUCACUUUGCAUCAAUGUGUAGGAAACAAAAACUUGUGAGUGAUGUUGCGGUUUUGCAAGAAGAUGAUGAUUACGAUAGUGAUGAAUUAUUUAUUGAUGCAAUUAAGUCGUAUAAAUCGAAAAACACGUGCUGGACUAAGUCUUUGACAGUAGAAAAUACAGAGGUGAUUUUUAAGCUAGACACAGGGUCGCAGGUAAACAUUUUGCCAAGGAAAUUGUUUGACAAAAUAAGAACUCAGAAUAGGCUCAAGAAUUAUGCUGUGAAAUUGGAAGCUUACGGGGGUUUUAGACUUGAGGUAGUUGGAGCGGUAGAGUGUGAGGUUAAGGACGGAAACAAAAAAUAUAAUAUGCAGUUCGUAGUGGUGGAAAAGGGAUGUCAGGCAUUGCUAGGUUUGGAAUCAUGCAUGGAAUUAGGGCUAGUGGCUCGUAUAGACAGUAUAAGUCAAAGUAUGAAAGAGAAGUUUAUAAAAUUGAAUGAAGAUAUAUUUGAGGGAUAUGGAUUUUUCCCAGACGAAUGUCGAUUAGAGCUUAAAAAAGAUGCACAACCAGUGAACAGGCCACCAAAACGUAUACCCCUAAGCUUAAGAGAAAAAGUUAAGGAGACAUUAGGUAAAAUGGAAAAAAGGGGUGUAAUUUCAAGAGUUAAUGGGCCAUGUGAAUGGUCUCAUCAGAUGGUAGUAAUAGAGAAGAGGGAUGGGACCUUAAGAAUUUGCCUUGAUCCAAAAGAGUUGAAUGCGGCUAUAAAAGAUGAAAGGUGCAUGCUACCUACAUUUGAAGACUUUAGAAAUGCAAUGAGAGAUUACCAAAUAUUUACGGUAUUAGACUUCAAAGAAGGAUUUUGGCAGCUUAAACUGGAUGAGAAGUCAAAGAAGUUGACAGUAUUUAGUACACCAUACAGUGGAUGCUAUAAUUUUAAUGUGUUGCCGUUAGGAGUAAAAGUAGCAGCAGAGAUAUUUCAAAAAAUAAACAACAAAUAUUUUGGGGCAUUGCCAGGAACAUUUGUUUUUGUAGAUGACUUGAUAAUAGGUGGGAAAAACAGUGAGGAACAUGAUGAAAACCUGAGUAGAGUACUGCAGAGAGCCAGGGAGUUAGGAAUUAAAUUUAACAAAAAGAAGGUGCAGUUUAGAGUGGAAAAAGUAAGGUACUUGGGACAUAUAUUUUCAGCUGAAGGUACGACUCCAGAUCCGGUAAGAGUUGAAGGGAUCAAAGGUAUAGAAAAUCCAAAGAACCAAAAAGAUUUACAGAAAAUUCUAGGAACAGUUAAUUACUUAAGACCAUUCAUCCCCAAGCUGGCCGAUAUGAUAGCACCAUUUAGAGACUUAUUAAAGAAAAAUGUGGUGUGCACUUGGAAUGAAUUCUAUGCAGGGGCAUUAGAACAAGUUAAACAAGCAAUUGAAAAAGCAACAAAAUUAAAUACGUUCAACCCAUCCCUACCGACAGUUAUACAAGCUGAUGCUUCAAAAGAUGGUUUAGGCGACUGUCUUAUGCAACUAGGAAAACCGAUUUGCUUUGCUUCGAAAAGCCUCACUCAGACAGAGACCCACUACGCUCAGAUUGAGAAGGAACUAUUAGCCAUAGUUUUCGCAUGUAAGAAAUUUCAUGAAUAUAUUUAUGGGAGAAAAGUCGUAGUGUAUACAGAUCAUAAGCCACUUGUAUCAAUCAUAGAUAAGCCGUUAGGAAACAAUUAUUCAACACGUUUACAAAGAAUGAAAAUUAAAAUUAUGAUUUAUGACUUAGAAGUGAGAUAUUUACCAGGAAAGGAGAUGCAUAUAGCAGACUUGUUAUCACGUAGUUCGGGAAUGGAUAAGGAGAUAAAUCUAGAGGAUAUAAGAACAGAAUACAUACAUUCAGUUAGUUUAGGAGAAAGAUCAAAAAAUUUGUAUAUAAGAGAAACAGAAAAAGAUAGUGUAUUAAAGCAAUUAACUAGGUAUUAUAGAGAAGGUUGGCCGUUGUCUAAAACUAAAAUACCUGAGCAGUUAAGGUUCUUCUGGACUAUAAAAGAUAAAUUGUAUGAAGAUAAUGGAUUAGUAUUUUUUGAAGAAAGAGUAUUUGUCCCAAAAAGCCUCAUAAAGCAUGCACUAGACGAGUUACAUAGGAAUCACUUUGGAAUAUCAAAAACUAUAGCACGGGCUAAAGGUAUAUUUUACUGGCCAUAUAUGAAUAGAGACAUUGAAAAUGUGAUAAGUCGAUGUCAAGUGUGUGAAAAAUUUAGAGCCGCGAACCCACAACAUAAAAUGAUAUCUCGAGAAACACCAGAACUACCGUAUCAAAGAGUAGGUUGCGAUAUUUUGGAAUUUAAAGGAAAGCCAUUUUUGGUCAUAGUAGACUAUUUAUCAAAAUGGUUUGAUCUUAAGGAACUAGACACAAAGUCAGCUAAAAGUGUCGUUAGGGCGAUGAAAGAAACGUUUUCGGUGCAUGGGAUACCAGAAGAAGUAGUUUGCGAUAAUCAGCCAUUCAAUUCAUAUAUAUGUAGGCAAUUUGCAAAAGAAUGGGAUUUUAAAUUCACGUACGCAAGUCCAUUUUAUCCAAAAUCAAAUGGAAUGGCGGAAAAGGCCGUGCAUACCGCAAAGUCGAUUUUGAGAAAAUGUUUAGAGAGUGGAGGAGACCUUUAUCUUACUCUGUUAGAAUAUAGGAGUACAAAACUUGCUCAUUUGGACUUUUCACCAUCACAACUGUUAAUGAGUAGAAACUUAAGAACUAAACUCCCAAUAGCAAAGAAUCAGCUUAAGCCUAGAAUAUUAGAAACAGAAGAUCUAAUUAAGAUGCAGCAAAUUAAAUUAAAUCAGAUAAACUACUAUAAUAGGAGAGCGAAUAGAAAAGAAUUAGAACUUAAUAAAGGAGAUAACGUAGUGUACAGAAAAGGAGUAGUUUGGGAGCCAGCUAAAAUAGAAGAGAAAAGUAACAGUCCAAGGUCGUAUGUGCUACGCACUGAAAACAAUAAAGUAAUUAGAAGGAACUCAGAACAUUUGCGUAGAUCAUAUAAUGAACCAAAAUUUAGAAAUUUAAAUGAGGAAGAAGAAAACAUGCAUAGGACCAUAAACAAUAGCGACUUUAUGAAACAAGAUUUAGAACAGCAAGGUGUUUCUUCGGAAAAUUCAAAACAGGACAUUAACAUACCACAAAGUAUUCCAUCCUUGCAAACGCAAAAUCACUACCAAACUCGCUAUGGGCGAAGCGUUAAAAAGCCAAUUUUUUUUGGAAGAUAA